UAUAGUACAACGUUCAUGGGGAAAGAGCGGCGGUGAUGCUGGUUGACAGAUGAUCGUGCCUACAUUCAUUGCUAUACUGGCAUGGCGGUUUAUGUAUGUUAUUCUUAAUAAAAUGUGAUAAGUUAGGACCAAAACAGUGAACUUCCUAUAUGUUUUCGGUAUCGCGCGGUGCAUAAUUGUGAGGACGACGGUGAUUUCAUAAACACUACAAAUGUGGAAGCAGAUACAGAUGGGACUUAGGGCAUUCUUGCUGCUAGCGUCCAGAGUUUGGAACUGUUUGUGUUUCAUAGUUAAAAAACAAACUAGAUCGAUAAUCCAACAUCAAUCCGUCAAAUAUGACUUGUUUCCAUUGUCACACGUGUCUAUGCACAGGCUAAAUAUAGUGAAACGAAAGACGUUAGUGCUCGAUCUGGAUGAGACGUUAAUACAUUCGCAUCAUGAGGGCGUUUCGAAGCAAAUGGUGAAACCGGGCACGCCUCCCGAUUUCGUCGUGAAAGUGAUCAUCGAUCAUCAUCCUGUGAGGUUCUUCGUUCACAAGCGUCCGCACGUGGACACCUUCCUGAAUAUAGUGUCAAAAUGGUACGAGCUGGUGGUGUUCACGGCAAGCAUGGAAAUAUACGGAUCGGCGGUCGUGGAUCGUCUGGAUGGCGGUAGAGGUAUUUUGCAGAGGCGGUUCUACAGGCAGCACUGCACCGCCGACCUAGGUUUCUACACGAAAGAUCUCAGCGUCAUCUGCAACGAUCUGUCGUCCGUCUUCAUUUUAGACAACAACCCCGGAGCGUACCGGGGAUUCCCCAAUAAUGCGAUACCCAUAGAAUCGUGGUAUUCGGAUCCCAGGGACGUAGCGCUACUAAACCUUUUACCUGUUUUGGACGCGCUGCGUUUCACGAUAGACGUCCGAUCGGUGCUCUCACGCAAUCAACGACGUCUAUAGUAAUAAUUAGAAAAAAGAAAGAAAGAAAAAAGUACUCUCUUUUUUUGUUUGUUUUGUAUAAAAAAGAAAGGAAAAGGUCAGUCGAAGAAUCAAUCACAAUUUUUACCCCGCUAGAAACCCACAAACAAAAC